CUCUAUGCAGAAACAGGACGAGGUGCGGACUCUAAUGUAUUGCACAGCCAAUGUAGUCGAGAUUCAUUUCAGUACAGAGAUACAAACAAAUAUAGGGUCAAAAUAUAUGUGUUCUAUAUAUAGUAAGCUCCUGAACUCGAAAGAAAGAAGAGAAAAAUGUGUAGCCUCAAGAUCACCAAAAAGCACCACAAACACUUCAACAAUCCUUUCCCUGGCGCCCCUACAUCUCUCCCGCUCAUCCGAGGAAACCUCGUCUUCAAUUCUCAAACCGUGCCUUCCCCCCAGCGCUUUCCAAUUGGAAACGAUUUUGAGGUCUCUUGGAACACCACCAAUGGCGGGUCUCUGUCGAUUUCCCAUCGAUCGCAGCCGGAGAGAGCCAUAUGGUCCACCAUUCCCGGUCAAGCCUUCGUCUCUGCAGCCGUGGCUCAAACACGAGUGGAAGAAAGCAGGGGCUCUUUUGUGGUCGAGGACGUUAGUGUUGAUCUUGUCUGUCAUCACCAAACCAUUCAAGAUAUAAGAAUGGUCAGUCAGUUUGACCAUGACACUCCAUCUGCAUUUGGGUUCUCAGAUUCUCAGGGUACCCAGUUCCCUGCUGUGCUCGUAAGUGGCUGGCUUUUCAAUACUGAGAAGAGGAAGAAGCGUUUUCUCAAAGGGUAUGAAGGGAAGGGACCUUCUAGCUGUGCAAAGUAUUGGGUCUUGUUUGAACAGAAAUGCAAUCAUCAAGUUGGGUUCCAAGUGAAGAUCGGACCACCCAACUUUGAAUUCUCGUUUGUCACGAAAGCACCUAGUUAUAAGGGUUUUAGAACAAGGCGCAGGCUCAGGUGGUUCUGGCCCAGAGGGUUUGUCUUGCUUCCCUCUGAGUCUGAGGCUCAGGAAAUCAAAGAAUUCAACAGGGUGUGCCUGACGUAUUCAAGUGAUGGGAAGGAGAGGUUUUAUGGUUUUGGGGAGCAGUUCUCUUAUAUGGAGUUUAAGGGCAAAAGGGUGCCCAUAUUUGUUCAGGAACAGGGUAUUGGGAGAGGAGAUCAGCCAAUUACCUUUGCAGCUAACUUAAUCAGUUACAGGGCUGGUGGCGAUCGGACUACAACCUAUGCUCCUUCCCCUUUCUAUAUGACUUCAAAGAUGAAAUCUCUUUACCUUGAAGGAUAUAAUUAUUGCGUAUUUGAUCUGACACAACAUGACAGAGUUCAGAUACAGAUACAUGGAGAUUUAGUAGCAGGACGGAUACUUCAUGGAAACUCUCCAACUGAGCUCGUUGAAUGUUUCACUGAAACCGUUGGGAGACCUCCUACACUUCCUGACUGGAUUAUUUCUGGAGCUGUUGUUGGCAUGCAGGGCGGCACAGAAUCUGUACGUCGUAUUUGGAAUGAGCUCGAGAGCUACAAUGUUCCAAUUUCAGCAUUUUGGUUACAGGAUUGGGUGGGUCAGAGAGAGACCUUGGUUGGAUCACAACUCUGGUGGAAUUGGGAAGUAGAUUCAACAAGGUAUUCGGGAUGGCAACAUUUAAUCAAAGAUCUUAGUGCUCAGCAUAUUAAAGUGAUGACAUACUGCAACCCAUGUCUAGCUCCGUGUCAUGAAAAGCCAAACAGAAAGAGAAGCCUCUUUGAGGAGGCAAAGAAAUUGGGCAUAUUAGUGAAAGACAAGCAUGGAGAACCUUAUAUGGUUCCAAAUACAGCUUUUGAUGUAGGAAUGUUAGACUUGACACAUCCAGAUACUGGAAAUUGGUUCAAGCAGAUUCUUCAAGAAAUGGUUGAUGAUGGAGUCAGAGGAUGGAUGGCUGACUUUGGUGAAGGCCUGCCUGUGGAUGCCAUCCUCUAUUCAGGCCAAGAUCCUAUUUCAGCUCACAACAAGUACCCAGAGCUAUGGGCUCAAAUAAAUAGAGAGUUUGUUGAAGAAUGGAAAGCUAACCACGCAGGAAUUGAGAAAGAUCCACAAGAGGCCUUAGUGUUUUUCAUGAGGGCUGGUUUUAGAGAUAGCCCCAAAUGGGGAAUGCUCUUCUGGGAAGGAGAUCAGAUGGUAAGUUGGCAGAUUCAUGAUGGAAUAAAGAGUGCAGUUGUUGGUCUACUCAGCAGUGGAAUUUCAGGGUAUGCUUUCAAUCACAGUGAUAUUGGAGGGUACUGUGCUGUAAAUUUACCUUUCAUCAGGUAUCGCAGAAGUGAAGAGUUGCUUUUGCGAUGGAUGGAGCUAAAUGCUUUCACCACUGUUUUCCGGACACAUGAAGGAAACAAACCAUCUGGUAACAGUCAAUUCUACUCGAAUAAGAGAACUCUAGCUCAUUUUGCACGAUUUGCUAAAGUCUAUAAAGCUUGGAAGUUCUAUAGAAUCCAGCUUGUCAAGGAAGCAGCGCAUAGAGGCCUGCCUGUAUGCCGGCACUUAUUUCUGCAUUACCCAAAUGAUGAACAUGUUCAUAAAUUAAGUUACCAGCAGUUCUUGAUCGGUACUGAGAUUUUGGUGGUGCCUGUCCUGGACAAAGGUAUGAAUGAUGUGAAGGCUUAUUUUCCAACUGGUAAUAGCGGUUGGCAGCAUGUGUGGACUGGGAAGCAGUUCAGUGAAGAGGGUUUUGAAAGCAUAGUAGAAGCUCAAAUUGGUUAUCCUGCUGUAUUUGUUAAGACUGGUUCUGUUGUUGGAGAGACGUUUUUGGAAAACCUCAGAGAUUUGAAGAUUCUUUAAGUAGAGGUUCCUAUUUUUGGCAAUGUUUUUAGGGUGAUCUAUGCCACUAUGUGAUUAACUUUUCAAUCAUAGAUGUGAAGAUAAACUAUUCACUUUGUAGGGAUAUAAUCAUGAGUGUCACCCAAAACUCAUCCCUUAGAAAAAAUGCACA